AUGCUGCCUUCCUCCCGGACCCAGAUGGGGCUCUUCUUCAUCCUCCUCUGCCCCGCCAACAUCAUCGGGCUCUGGUGGGCAGUGGGGAGCCCCCUGGUCAUGGACCCCAACAGCAUCUGCCGAAAGACAAAACGGCUGGCAGGGAAACAGGCGGAGCUGUGCCAGCUGGAGCCGGAGAUCGUGCAGGAGGUGGCCAAGGGCACCAAGCUGGGCGUCCGAGAGUGCCAAUACCAAUUCCGCUUCCGCCGUUGGAACUGCACCAGCCACAGCAAGUACUUUGGCAAGAUCCUGCAGCAGGAUAUCCGGGAGACAGCCUUCGUGUAUGCCAUCACGGCCGCCGGGGUGAGCCACGCCAUCACGCAGGCCUGCAGCAUGGGUGAGCUGCUGCAGUGUGGCUGCGAGCUGACACGGAGCCGGGCUCCCCCUUCACCCACGGCGGGUCCAGGCACAGAGGGCACAGCCUGGGAGUGGGGGGGCUGUGGGGACGAUGUGCAAUUUGGCUAUGAGAAAUCUCAACAGUUCAUGGACGCCAAGAGCAAGAAAGGCAAAAAUGACAUCCGAGCUCUUAUUGACCUGCACAACAACGAAGCUGGGCGCUUGGCAGUGCGCAGCUACAUGAGGACAGAGUGCAAGUGCCAUGGGCUCUCUGGCUCCUGCACCCUGCGGACCUGCUGGCGGAAGAUGCCCCAUUUCCGUGAGGUGGGGGACCGCCUCCUGGAGCGCUUCAAUGGUGCUUUUAAGGUGAUGGGAGGCAAUGAUGGGAAAACGCUCAUCCCGGUGGGUGACAACAUCAAACCUCCUGACAAGCAGGACCUCAUUUACUCGGCCGACUCCCCUGACUUCUGCUCAGCUAACCGUAAGACAGGCUCGCUGGGCACCCGAGGCCGCAUCUGCAACAGCACAGCCAUGGACACGAGUGGGUGCGACCUGCUGUGCUGUGGGCGAGGGCACAGGGACGAGACGGUGGUGCUGGAGGAGAACUGCCUGUGCCGCUUCCACUGGUGCUGCGUGGUGCAGUGCCGCAAGUGUUCUGUCCGGCAGGAGCUCAGCCUCUGCGUCUGA